GGGGUGCGUAUGGGGAUCCGGUGGCCGUGGGCAGCUCAGACCCGCUCCCUUCGGGCUCUCCAAAGCGCAAAGCAGACCAGCUGGAACUACAAUUCCCGUCAGCCGCCUCCCUCGGGUGCCUGAGCCUGGGUGAUGGGGGUUGUAGUCCGCUCUCUGGAGGAGCUGCCCUGGGAGGUGGGAGGGGCCGCCGAAGCGGGACGUCCUCCGGGUGACCUUCUGAAUGAUCCUCACAGCUACCACCUGGUCGGGAUCAGCUUCUUCAUCCUGGGGCUGGGCACCCUCCUUCCCUGGAACUUCUUCAUCACAGCCAUCCCGUACUUCCAGGGGCGUCUGGCAGGGGCCAACGGCACCACUGAGACCCUGGGCACCAACCACACGAGCCCUGCAGAUACCUUCAACUUCAACAACUGGGUGACACUGCUGUCCCAGCUGCCUCUGCUGCUCUUCACACUCCUCAACUCCUUCCUGUACCAGUGCAUCUCUGAGACUGUGCGGAUUCUGGGCAGCCUGCUGGUCAUCCUGCUGCUCUUUACCCUGACGGCGGUGUUGGUCAAGGUGGACAUGAGCCCCGAGCCCUUCUUCUCCAUCACCAUGGCCUCUGUCUGGUUCAUCAACUCCUUCUGUGCGGUUCUGCAGGGCAGCCUCUUCGGGCAACUGGGCACCAUGCCUUCCACGUACAGCACCCUCUUCCUCAGCGGGCAGGGCCUGGCUGGGAUCUUCGCUGCUCUUGCCAUGCUCAUGUCCAUGGCCAGUGGUGUGGAUGCCCAGACCUCCGCCCUGGGGUACUUCAUCACGCCCUGCGUGGGCAUCCUCAUGUCCAUCGUGUGUUACCUGAGCCUGCCCCACCUGAAGUUUGCCCGCUACUACCUGGCCAAGAAACCAUCAAAGGCGCAAGGUCAAGAGCUGGAGACCAAAGCUGAGCUCCUCAAGCCUGAUGAGAAGAACAGGAUUCCCAACAGCCUCCAAAGGGCAGUGCUGACUCUGGAUCUUGACCCUGAGAAGGAGACAGAGAUGGAGCCAGAGGAACCCCAGAAGCCAGGGAAACCUUCAGUUUUCAUUGUCUUCCAGAAGAUCUGGCUGACGGCGCUGUGCCUCGUGUUGGUCUUCACAGUCACCCUGUCCGUCUUCCCAGCCAUCACAGCCAUGGUGACCAGCUCCACCAGCCCUGGGAAGUGGAGUCAGUUCUUCAACCCCAUCUGCUGCUUCCUUCUCUUCAACGUCAUGGACUGUCUGGGACGGAGCCUGACCUCUUACUUCCUGUGGCCAGACAAAGACAGCCGGCUGCUGCCCCUGCUGGUCUGCCUGCGCGUCCUCUUUGUGCCACUCUUCAUGCUGUGCCACGUGCCCAAGAGGUCCCGGCUGCCCAUCCUCUUCCCACAGGACGCCUACUUCAUCACUUUCAUGUUGCUUUUUGCUGUUUCAAAUGGUUACCUGGUGUCCCUCACCAUGUGCCUGGCGCCCAGGCAGGUGCUGCCACAUGAGAGGGAGGUGGCCGGCACCCUCAUGACCUUCUUCCUGGCUCUGGGGCUCUCCUGUGGAGCCUCGCUCUCCUUCCUCCUCAAGGCGCUGCUCUGAAGUGCUCCGUCCAGGUCUGUCCCAGCAUCUUCUCUUCGGAGCUGAGACCCAGCACAGGGGGAAUGGUGGGCCAGGCUCAAGCCUCUGCUGGGCUGGGGCCCCGCGGUCCGAGGGUCCCAGGAAGAGGCGGGUGCUGCUCUCUUUCCUGGGCUGGUGGCCACCUCGGGUGCUGCAAGGAAGAAUUCACCACCUGCCAUUCUAACCCUCCCCAGGAGUGGAGUUGACGCAGAGACAGACUAUCUAGAUGCACACAGACCUCACUGAAAGGACGAUGAUCAGGAAAAAGAGGGCCGAGGACAAUGGCCCUUCCUCACCACCAGGAGUGCAUUUGUUAAUCAUGAGAAACUCACUGGCCAAGUGCCGGGGCUCAGAGGCCACAGGUGGGAACUUGCCAACUGUGUGGUUGGUGUGGCCGCAGCUUGAGAUUCAGAGUGGGAGGGGGGCCAGCCCUGGACAGGAGCUCCUCUUCUCUCCAGGCCUCAGUGACACCAUGGUCAAGUCUCCUGGACUCCAGAACAGAGGAUUCCAGGGAAGUUGAGGGGACAGGGAGAAGGAGUUCAGGAUCUGAGGGUGCUCGAAGGACCCUCUGGGCCUCAAACAGGAUUUUCGUCGCCGGCAUUUACUGUGUCCACUCCCCAGAGCCCAGCUGGGCCUGGGUCGCAGAACUGCAGUUAGCCUGCAUGUGUGCACUGCACUUUACAGUUUGCAAAGCUCUUCUGCACCUGCUCUCUCACUGAAGCCACACUGAGGCCCUUGGAGGGAGGCCAGCAGGGAUUGUGCUCCCCUCUGUACAGGUGAGGAAACCGAGUCCCAGGGGGAAGUGACCAGUUCUUGGCAGAGCCAGGACCCAGCCCCCACCUCCCUGUAGGUGCUGUUCUUCCUGCCCACGGCCUGCUUCCCUUUUCCUUGAGGGGCUCAAGGCGAGAGCCCUAAGCACUUACUCCACCUUUUUGCUUGUUUUUUCUCUCUGACCCUGCUCCUGGGUCUAAUAAUAACCUUCUCCAUUUGUACAAUGAAUUCACUUUCCAAAGUGCUUUCAGCUCUAUUGGCUUUGAUGAGCUGGGUGGGGUGGGGAUGAUUGUACCCAUUUGACAGAUGGGAUGACCAAGGCCCUGAGAGUGGCAGGGAUUUGUGGGCAUCCCUGCGCUGGGCCCUCUUGACCACAUCAUGGCCCAGGGGUACUGGCCUGCAAGGAGCCCUGUGCUCCCGGGCAGAGUGCCUGGCCGCAUGGAUGACUAUCGCUCUCUCCCCCACCGGUGUCCUCUGCUUCCCCACAGCGAAGGAGUUGUGACCCUCCUCCCAAGGCCAUGGGAAAUAGAAUGUAACUUGUGAUGGGGCUUGUGAGGACCCUGCAGAAUGUGUAAUAUGAAACUCUUAGAAGAGGGGGCCAGUGAUCUCAACUGGGAAGUUGGGGCAAGCAUCCCUGAGGAGGUGUCCCCUGAGCUGGGCCUUGAGGGAUGAAUAUGAGCUUGCUGGGCUGAGGUGGGGGAGGGGCAUCCCAGGAGAGGUACCAGAAAAUGUGGAAGGCAUGGACACGGAAUAUUCAGGGAACAGUGGGGACUUCUGGCGACAGGUCACGGGGGAGCGGAAACUCCUAGGGUGUGAGGAAGGGGACGGGAGAGGAUGAGGCUGGGGCAGUGGGCUGGGGACAAACGCUGAAGGGCCUUAGGGCUGAGGCCUAACCAGGGGAUUAGAGAGAGGAGAAGGCACACAGAAGAGAAGGCUGCUGCCUCUACAGAGGCCGUUUAACUUGGUGGUUAAGUGCAUGUGCCCUGACCCACAGUCCUGGGUUCGAAGCCAGGCCCUUUCCCAGCAGUGGGAACUGGGAUUCCUGGAGACUGCAGUCCUGGAGAAAGCACUGGAGUACAGACUGACAUUUACUAAAUGGUAGUUGUAGUUCUGGGAUUAUUUUGUGCAGACCACUAGACCUAGCUGUACCCUUUGGCUGGGACUGGUGGGAGCAGGACCCCAGUACUUCCUAGGUCCCCUUCUCCUUCUCUACCUUCAGAGACUGUUGUCUGUUGUACCCAAAAGCUCCCUAGACCUGCCAGACCCAGCCAUCCUGGGGAACCCAGUGGUACUGGUCCGCGUUCAGCCGGGUUGGGCUGAGCAGUGGACGAUGGGCCCAGAAAGAUGUCCUUAUGAUGUCACAACAUGGAAUUCCUUCUUCCUGUCCUCCUUCCCCGUGUACCUAGCCCAACCUUCCCAUCAGAUCAGGAUGCAGCUGGUUUUGAUGUUAGAAAAAUUCUUGGGCUGAUGGGCUACACUUGGCUCAUCCCUCUCCUGAUGCCCAGGCCCCCUGGCCACCGCCACAUCCCCAGCCUGACACAGCUCUGCCAACAGGCCCAGGUUCCCUCAGAAGCAGCCAGUGUCCAUGAGCAAACAGUUGGAGAGGGCUCUGUGUGGAGGGCACUGAGACAGGCUUGGUGGAGGGACACAAACAUUGCAAGGUCAGUCCUUAUCCUCCAGUUGCUCACCUUUUUAUGAGGAGGACACCUGCUGGUUUGUAAAUUGAUUCAGCUCUCCAAUUAAAAGUCAAAGAUUGUCAGAAUGGAUUUGAAAAUGAUUCAACUAUAUGCUUGCUAUCUACCAGAAACUCACUUUAGAGCCAAAACCACAAAUAGGUUGAAAGUUAAAGAAUGGAAAAAGAUAUUCUAUGUAAACAGUAACCAAGAAAGACAGUUGGGGUGGAUAUACUAAUAUCAGAAAAAAUAGGCUUUAAUUAAAAAAUCAUUGAAGAGACAAAGAGGGAUAUUAUAUAUUCGUAAAAGCGUAACUCCAUCAAGAAGAUAUAAUAAUUAUAAACAUAUACACACCUAACAACAAAGUCCUAAAAACUAUGAAGCCAAAAUUGACAAAAUUGAAGGAGAAACAGACAUCUCUACAAUGAUAGAGACUUCAGGAUCCCACUUUCAAUAAACGAUAGAACAACUAGACAGAAGAUCAACAAGGAAACAGGACUUGAACACACUCCAAACCAAACAGGCCAGACAUACACACAACACUCUACCUAAAAACAGCAGAAUAUACCUUCUUCCCAAGUGCACACGGAACAUUCUCCAGGGAAGAUCAUAUAUUAGCUCACAAAACAAAGUUGCAAUAAUUUUUAAAAAAUAUUUAUUUA